UUUCAGCUCCACAGUCACACUGCACCGCUCCGCCAUUUUACGCUGACAAUUUUUUCGCAAGAUUAGAGAAAUUAGAUCGUGCACGAGUAGAAUGUAAAUAGUUACGGAAUUCGCCCCACAGACAACAACGCGCUAAAGCAAUUAAUCAAUUAAUUGUGCAGCGGGCGCGAUUCCCCGGCUAAAUCGCGGAGCAGCACGCCGGUUUCUGCUCCGGCUUCCCCCCCAAAAAAAAACUGUACGAGGCGCGAGUGUGAGUGCGACAGAGACCGAACGAGUGCCGAGUGCCUUGGUGUGCGUGCGAAAGUUGGGAAAAGCGGCGAAAAAUCAGUAAUUACGUCUAGGAAGAGCACCUUUGGCGGCUCAACAUGGCCGACGUGGUCUUGGAUCUGUACGCGGAGGACCUCGACAAGGACUUUGCAGGGCAGGCUCAGGACGAAUUUGGAGGUGAUGGAGUAGACCUAUACGAUGACAUAGGCGGUCCCACCGAAGCGGCCGCCUCAGGUGGCGGGGGAGGUGGAACGCCUUCCGCAGAUGGAGCCGCUGGACCAGGCUCCGGGGAAAUCGGCGAACGGAAUUCCGGUGGUCCCAAUGGGGUGUACCAUCAGAGCAGUGGUAGCCUCACUCCGACCAUGAAUCGCCGUUAUCAGCUGUAUGUGGGCAAUCUCACCUGGUGGACCACUGACCAGGAUAUCGCCAAUUCGCUGCGAGACAUUGGCGUGAGUGAUUUACAGGAAGUGAAGUUUUUCGAGAAUAGGGCCAACGGUCAGUCGAAGGGCUUCAGUGUAAUCUCCCUCGGCUCAGAGUCCAGCCUGCGCGCCGUGCUCGACCAGCUGCCCAAGAAGGAGAUGCAUGGGCAAGCGCCGGUGGUCACGUACCCCAGCAAGCAGGCACUCACCCAAUUUGAGAGUUUGCAAAAGACGCGUCCAGUGCCGCCGCCGCAGCAGAAUGGACCGCCGAGGGGUCCGGCACCACCCAGUAUGGGUGGCGGGCCAAUGCCCACCGGACAUCCAGGAGGACCGCAAGGAGGAGGUCCCCCAGGACAUCCACCGCGCGGUAUGAACUCCAUCAUGCAGCCGGGCCAGUACCGACCGCAGCACAUGUCCCAGGUGCCCCAGGUGGGCGGACCCAACUCAGGACCUCCACGAAUGCAGCCGCCGAUGCAUCCGCAAGGCGGGCUCAUGGGCAACCAACAGCCGCCACCCCGGUAUCCGUCAGCGCAGGGCCAAUGGCCAGGUCAGCGGCCAGGCGGACCGCGACCCGGUCCACCGAACGGACCGCCGCAGCGACCAAUGUUCCAAGGAGGCCCCAUGGGCAUGCCCGUCAGGGGUCCGCCAGGUCCCGACUGGCGUCGUCCACCCAUGCACGGUGGUUUCCCUCCGCAAGGUCCGCCACGUGGCCUUCCGCCAGCACCAGGUCCGGGCGGACCGCACGGCGCACCCGCACCCCACGUCAAUCCGGCAUUCUUCAACCAGCCUGGUGGUCCUGCCCAGCAUCCGGGCAUGGGUGGUCCGCCGCACGGAGCUCCCGGUCCGCAGCCAGGCAUGAAUAUGCCACCGCAACAGGGCAUGAACAUGACGCCACAGCAUGGACCGCCGCCCCAGUUCGCCCAGCAUGGUCCACGGGGUCCGUGGCCGCCGCCGCAGGGUAAGCCACCAGGUCCCUUCCCCGAUCCUCAGCAGAUGGGUCCGCAACUGACAGAGGUUGAGUUCGAGGAGGUGAUGAGCAGAAAUCGCACAGUCAGCAGUUCGGCGAUCGCCAGAGCUGUUUCUGAUGCAGCCGCCGGUGAAUACUCGAGCGCCAUCGAGACACUGGUCACAGCCAUUUCACUGAUCAAACAGUCCAAGGUAGCGCACGAUGAGCGCUGCAAAAUCCUGAUCAGCUCGCUGCAGGACACGUUGCAUGGCAUCGAGGCCAAGAGCUACAAUAGGCGCGAAAGGUCGCGGUCAAGGGAGCGAUCCCAUCGCAGCCGGCAGCGACGUGAGCGUUCCACGUCCAGGUACCGCGAGCGAUCUCGAGAGCGGGAACGCGAUCGGGAUCGCGAGCGUGAACGGGAUGGCGGAAGCUACAGGGAGAGGUCACGCAGCAGAGAACGUGAACGUCAGGCUCCGGAUCACUACAGGGAUGACAGCCGAUCGGUACGUCCACGAAAGUCGCCGGAACCCGUAGUCGCCGAAGCAGCGGAGGCGCCAUCAUCAAAGCGCUACUACGAGGAUCGGGAGAGGUACCGCUCCUCGGACCGGGAGCGGCGUGACCGCGAUCGGGACCGUGACCGCGAGCGCGAGCGUGAUCGCGACAGGCGUGAGGAGCACCGUUCCCGGCAUUGACUGCCGUAAGUGGAAGUUGGGGCAGCGCCAGUGGACCGUAAUCAAGUGUAAAGAUGCAACGCAGAUAUACUAAACACACUCUAUUAACAAACAAUAAGCCGCAGCUUGAUGGGAUGACAAGCUAGCAACAAUUAACAGAUUUUCGAUUUGUAUCUAACAUUACCAAUACGUAGGAUAUGAAUAUGGCAAACAGCAUAGUUCUUCUAGACAUACUAUAAUAAGCCGAAAUGCUGACAACAUUUUACCAACGACGGACGGGGGCUGUCUCUGGAUCCAUCCAACUUCACAUCCCAGAAUCCUGGCAGCAGGAAAGUCAACAGUCGCAGGCGCAGGAGGAUCGAUGGAGAAGCCAAGGGGAGAGACAGCGUAGGACAUUUUAGACACUGAUGCGCACUGGAUCAUCAAAUAACAAACAACUAGCAUUCCUGCACCGCCGUCUUCGCAGCAGAAUUUCAAUAUUAUUGUACUCUAAAAUUUCGGUUUAUUUAAUAAAACAUAAACGUAUGAAAAAAGAAUUGUUCCAGAAAAAACCUUUACCAAAACUGUCUUGUAUUGUGUGUCUUUUUGUACUCUUAUUAUAAAAAAAAAUAUAUCUUAUUAGUUAAUGAAUUUAUAAUUGUACAACAAAAUUGUAUGUAAAAUUUACAAAAUUAUUGCACUUGUGCGUGCAAUUAAUAUUGAAAUUGUUAUAUUAACAAAAUCAUUUUGCCGACUGAGGCCGAAAAUCGUUAUCCCUAAUGUAUUUUCAAAGAUAUCGCGAUCUUUUGUUGUAAACAUUCUCCACGCAUUUGUUUAAUCAUGUUUUUAUUUAACAUAUAAACUUAAGUCGAUCAUAAUUGUGUGCUUGAGACUGAGUGUGAGUGCAUUUUUGUAGCAUUUAAAUGCCGACUGAUUCCAUCCGCAUAAACGGAUGAAAAACCAUAUGUUUGUAUAGAAUAAGUCGAGUGUGCGCUUUUAGCCCAAAUACCAUGAUUUUUAGACUAAAUUACUCUUAAAGAGAAA